AGAUAUACUUGAAAGAAGGAUCCAAUUGAUGAUUCUCUUGGAUACAGUCAUGUGGGGAUCUAAUUGAGAAAAAAUUAUAAGUCGGGGACUAAUAUUAGGUUACCCAAAACCAGAACAGAAAAUAAAACCGAACAGCCCCAAAGCAACCAUCAGUUGAAGCCUCUUCUGUUCCCCUCUGCAGUCUGCCCUGCAAGAAAACGAUGCUUCUUUCUGAUACUUUAACUCCGGCUGGCCAUGGUCAACUGGGAAAAAUUAUAUCCCCACUCUCUCUCUCCCCUUCUUUCUCUUCACGUCCCCUGAGAUACGCAGUGCUUGGUGCUGGCUUUGCUGGUCUCUCCGUUACCUGGCAUUUGCUGAAGAAGAGUCCAAAAGAGAAGGAAAUGAGAAUAGACAUAUAUGAUGAAGUGGGUAUAGGAGGAGGUGCUUCUGGUAUUUCUGGAGGUCUUCUUCACCCUUAUUCUCCUAAAGCUAAACUGCUUUGGAGAGGAGCUGAGUGUUGGAAAGAAAGUUUAAUGCUUUUAAAUGUCGCGGAGGCGGCAGCUAGAUUAUCUGGUGUAGAUGAUUCUGAUGAUAGUUUUAUUGUUAGGAGAAGGGGCAUCUUGAGGCCAGCAGCAAACACCAAGAAUUUGAUUGUAUUGACCGAUAAUGCCCAGAAUUACGAUGCCAGUUGCAGAAUUGAGACCAUUGAUGAGGACACUGCCCAAAAGCUUGUGCCAAAAAUACAUGUACCUUUUAACCCAGCCUUUUAUAUGCCUGAAGCUGUAAAUGUCCAUCCUCUGCGCUAUCUUCAGGCACUCUUCUUAGCAUGUCAGAAUGUGGUGAAUGAAUCAUCCACUUCUAGCCAUGGACAAAAGGAGCUAUAUUUGCACAAAAAAUCAGUUCAAAACCUCCUUGAAUUGGAAGGCGAAUAUGAUGCAGUGAUAAUCUGUCUAGGUGCCAAAGCAGACAUGCUACCAGAGCUCUCAGGGAGGCUUCCGUUGAGGACAUGCAGAGGUGUAAUUGCCCACCUGCAGUUGCCUGCUAAUAUAAGGGAAGAAUAUCCAGACUAUGCCCCUUCAAUAUUAUCAGAUGCAUGGCUCGCCAUCCAGGGAAGCCGAAGUUUAUAUAUGGGCUCAACAUGGGAAUGGAAAUCAAGGAAUUCUAAUCCAAAUGUUUCAGUGGAUGAAGCUUCAAAAGCUCUUCAAGAGCUUCUGCCAAAGGUGUCUGCCUUUUAUCCAGCAAUAAAGGAUUGGACUUUCACCAAAGCGAACGCAGGUUUAAGAGCAAUGCCACCAUUAACUGCCCAUGGAUCACUUCCACUUUUGGGCUGCGUCAAUUAUUUUGUAGGCGAGAAUGUUGCCGGUAAAUACUGGUUAUUUGGAGGACUUGGUUCAAGAGGUUUGUUGUAUCAUGCUUGGCUUGGAAAUUUGAUGGCGCAGGCUGUUAUUUCUUGUAAUGAACAAUUGAUCCCGUCUGAACUGACUGCUUGGAAGAACAUAAAUAGAUGAUUAGACAGAAUUCCCUUGUGUAUGAAUAUGCAAUCAAGGUUCUUAAUUGAUCAACUUUUUAACAUAA